GUCCCUCGUCGCUGUAUGACUCUUUGACAGUAGCACGGAAGCUGUAACCACAUCUUACAGCAUGGAUCUCUCAGAACCAGCGAUCCCGGCUCCCCCGGGCGAGGUAUCUGAUCUCAAGAAUCCAGAGGAUGUCCUCCACACAGUCAAUUUUGUGACGCAAGUCAUUUGCCUCCUCGUCGUGACGAUCGUCGUGGCGCUGCGGUUCCUCGUCAAGGCAAGGCUGAGGAAGGCGUUAGAGUUGGGAGGAUUGCGAGUUUGAUCUUACAUUGUUUUGAUGGCAUGCUGUUUAUACUGAGAACCUUUCCUACAAGGGAGCACGAUUCUUGGAUGGGUAAGCUCUUGCCUUCGGAUCAGUCGAUCAGUUGAUGCGAUCUAAUGCUUGCGAUCGGUUCUAUUCGUCGGGUUUUGUGCGAAUAUGAUUAUACUGGGAAACUACGGCGGUGGCUACCACGCAUGGGACGUGUCAAAGGGCGACAUGGUUAAUUUCCAAAAGGCCUCCUAUGCCGUAACCCUCGUCUACGUCCCCAUGGUCUUCGUGAUAAAAGUUGCCCUCCUCGCCGUCAUGCUCCGCCUCUUCGCCCCAGACAAACACAAGGUGAUGCUCGUCUACGGCACAAUCAUCGUCCUCCUGUACUACAUCCCCGCCCUCUUCAUCAAGAUCUUCUUCUGCAAUCCCAUCUCCGCAUACUGGUACGGCCUCGAAGCAACGAAUGGGACCUGCAUGGACCAGCGGAAGGUCAUCAUCGCCGGCGCGACGAUAAGCAUGAUUAGCGAUUUUUGGAUCCUCGUCCUGCCCAUUUCGAUGCUCUGGUCGCUUAAGAUGAGUUUCAGCAAGAAGCUGCGUGUCCUGGGAAUUUUGGGCGCUGGAGGGUUAGCCACGGGGUUUAGUAUCUGGAGGCUUGUUAUGAUGGUUGAUGAGUCCCGGACGUCGGAUACAACCUGGUUUUGGAUUCAUUGUGUGCUUACGGGAAACGCCGAAUCAGGCACCGGUUUAACUUUUUCUAUGAUUGGUUUUGUUGAUGUUUUGUUUGCGGCGCGCCUGUACCAGAACUAUAUCCUUUGCAGUGCUAGUGAGAAAAGCACGAACGCCACCCACAAGGUCAAUAGGGCCUCAUAUGGUCGGCCCCCUGUAGGCACCCGGAGGUCGCCGAGCAUUCCAUUUGAAUGGGUACUACCGAGGAGAGACAACUGCUUGACUGGACUUGGAUAAUUGAGGAGGGGCGGUUGUAGGUGCGGUUCUCCAGCUCAGGCCCCCUGGUGAACAUACCAGGUCUUGAGAAUCAGACCUCUUUCUUCCUCUUUUGUUCAUGAUAACAUUCAAUUCGGUGGAAAGUAUCAGAGGGUGAAAUGGGAUGUGAACAAAGGCUUGGUUUUUGACUAU